AUGGCGGCCGACAUGAAAAAACAGCUCACCUUCGCAGAUGUAGCCUUGCUGUAUGAGGCCCCAAAGCAUGUCUGUGCAAUGAUGACAGUAGGUAGGUUUGUGGAAGGUCUUCUUGGCGAAUGUGUGGCCGUGGGCCGGGGUUUCGGCCGAUGCCAUCGCCCCGCCGACGCGCCGAUCACGCCAGUAUCUCACCGUGAAACCACACACGAAAUCAUUUUACAUAUUUACGUGAUCUCGAAAUCGAACGCGAACAUUAUUUUGGUACAGGGUAUCCCUUAA